UGCGUGCGUGCCGGUGUGCGUGUGUGUGUGUGUGUCGGAUACGCUGAAGGCUCCUGAGGCGGCAUCGAUUUGAGCAAGGCAUUUCUCUUUAUCCCCGCGAACCUUCAGGGGGCUUUUUUAGCAUUUGUUCGGUCUGCAGUCUCUGGAAAACAUCUGAUUCGUUUUGUAACCAGUCCCAGAUGCGGCAGCGUGAGAGUGUGUUUGCAUGAGCGCGUCAGUGGCAGUUUGUCAGUGCAUGAGAAUCUCGGGGAGAAUAUCUGCCGUGUAGAGAAGGGGAGGGAGGGGAAGAAGAAGAACCGUGUGGAUUUUUUUUUUUUUUUUUUUUUUAAACAUAACUUUUUUUUGUUGAGGUAUGAACGCAGCAGCGUGCGUCUCAUACUGCGAUAUGACAUCGAUGGAUUCAUAUUAUAGCGCGUCCACCGCGCAAGGUAGGGACCACCAGGCCAACCCGUUCAGGACUUUCCCCACCUCUGAAACCAAAUACAGCCCCACGUUCGUCCCCGGUAAAGGACAGGCGUACGGAGAGAAGUCCCGGAGUCCCUUCCAGCCGGAGUGCCAGUCGUUGGAUGGCGCCGAGGACAGCGGCUACAACAAGUACCAGCUCUUCAUGCAGAGACCGACCUGCAAAACUCCACCCGAAGGCGGCAAGCUGCACCAGGACAGCGGACACAACGGGACGCUGAUGCCCUGCUAUGGAAAAGACAACAGCGGCCUGACGGAGUCUGAGUUACCCCCGAGCGUCGACCCCCCCGGGAUGGAAGGAAGCUACCUGAACCUGAAGUCGCCCGGCGAGAAGGGCCUCAGCGAGCGGCCCGGCUCCGACUAUUCCAGCCCUUUGGACAAAAGUGAGGCAGAGAGCAACAAAGGCAAGAAGAGACGCAAUCGCACCACGUUCACCAGCUACCAGCUGGAGGAGCUGGAGAAGGUUUUUCAGAAGACACACUACCCAGAUGUUUAUGCCCGCGAGCAGCUGGCAAUGAGGACGGAUCUGACGGAGGCUCGCGUGCAGGUGUGGUUCCAGAAUCGCAGAGCCAAGUGGAGGAAGAGGGAGCGCUACGGCCAGAUGCAGCAGGUCCGGACACACUUCUCCACUGCCUACGAGUUGCCUCUACUAACCCGGCCUGAGAACUACGCACAGAUCCAGAACCCUUCGUGGAUCGGCAGCAGCAGUGGAGCAUCUCCGGUGCCGGGCUGCGUCGUGCCUUGUGACUCCGUCUCCUCCUGCAUGCCGCCUCACCCUCAUGGUCCUGGAGGCAUCUCUGACUUCCUGGGCGUGCCCAGUCCAGGAAGCAGCCACAUGGGACAGACACACAUGGGCAGCCUUUUCGGGGGUCCCGGUAUGGGCGGCGGAAUCAAUGGCUACGAUCUUAACCUCGAUCCAGACCGCAAGUCUUCCAGCAUAGCUGCGCUGCGUAUGAAGGCCAAGGAACACAGUGCGGCCAUCUCUUGGACCACAUGAGGUCUGAGCCCAGUUUCCCCCGGUCGCCUCAUGGCCUUCUCCUCCGGAGCAGCCAGCGGCGAGCCGAGCGGCUGUGUGGGAGGAGGGAGUUUUCCUGAGAGCACCAAUGAUAACACAGGUCAACUGAACAGGGAGAGACUGCGGAGAUAACAGAGGCCGUCGCAGCGACCAUCACAAGAUAACAACUGAUACUGUAACAAUAAGCAGACGCUGCAAGUGGGAGAAAUACAGAGGUGCGACUCGGAAGAAGAUGUUACUGAGACGUUGUGUUUGAUCGCUCGCUCAGGUCGCAUUGAAAUAUGAGUUUAGUCCACAACAGACUGAGUUUCAUUCAUGAUGGUGAUAGGUAUCAGUAAAAUAAGCAAUAUAAUAAAUAUGGUUUCCGAAAUACUAUCACAAUAAAGAACUGCACUGCCGAAGCCAGCAAUAGCAUACAGUGUUUUAAUUUACAGCGGUGAACUUUAUUCACGUUAUUUACCUCCUGUAGCUUAUUCUUUAUACCGCCCAUUCUGCUCCAGUCGUUUCGUUUGUGUUACUUUAGAUUUGUGUCUCGUUUUGUAUACUCUUUGUGAGUUCAAGAACAUAUCGGAGUACCAUCUGACUGGGUGAGAGUUUUGUUCAUGUUCCUUGCCAUUGCAAACUGUCCUUAAAAACACAAUAAUUGGUUCUAAAAGAAAGUAUACAUUUUGUCAAAGCCUGCGGUGCACAGUUUAUAUUCCCGCAAAGAAGGACAGAGGUUGAAUGCAAUAAGCGAACAGAGACUAAUUGACUGAGAGCAGACACGGCCUGUGUCAAUUUAUUCUGGGAGCAGGGCAGGCAUUGGAUUGGCAGCCAUUUCAAACCAAUAUGUCAUUUCCUCCCCCUAGGGCUGCCUUCACUGGUUCCCCCUGCUCGGCCCGGGCCUCAGGUUACAGGAAAUACUGUCUCCACUGGCAGACAAGGCCCGACAAUGCAUAGCAGGCGCCUUCAACACCAACUAGCCACACCAGCUACAAUCCACUGCCAGCAGGAAUACACACACAUUAUUAGCAUUAAUGUGAUUUGUCCUGCCUCCGCCAACGCCGUAGCACAUCACAGCGCACACAGAGUUCCACACGCUGCAAGGAUCAAUUCUCCGACUGUUGGAUUUGUAGCCUGCUCACUGAGUCCGUCACAUGCCGGAAACUGACCGGCCAAAUCAGUGGCCCCCAAUCGUCCCGAAGAACAUUCUGCAAUGUUUAGGUAAUGUGAUGACUUUAGAGCCGGGCUGCAGGAAUGCGGUGUAUAUGUCCAGUGAUUGCAGGAGUGUCUCUGUGUGUUACCCCGUCGGAAUGAGCUUGUCACCAGAGCUGGUCUGCAGGCGGAGGCUAGAGACAGGCUUCAUUGGACUUUUGGCUGAUCCCUCUGUGACGCCCGCUGGGCGACAUAUCCGUUUUCUUUCCCCAUUAGUGAUGCUGGCAGAUGUGUUGCUUUCUGGCUGAUCGUGGCUGAUUAAUCAUUUUAACGCACGAGUGUCCAUCGCAGCCUCCUGUUUUAGAGAAGGAAUACAACUAAUGAAUUUUUCAGUAAAAGAAUUAAAUGUCAGAUAUUUUUAUUUCUUGUAUACACAAUCCAUGAAAAUUCAAAUGUUUACUUAGUUUUAUUGGCAGUACGUAAACAAAUAUCAAAGACAAAGGCCUCUAAAAUUGAGCGGGGACUAUUCGAUUAAGGAGAGAUAUUUUGAACUAAUUUAGACUUUGUGGAUGUGAGGACAGAAAAUCCCAAACAUUUUCCUCAGAAACAGGAUGUGCCAACAUAACUUAUUGCAUUACUCGAUGUGUGAGUUCCUACUUUGUCGAGUUGAGUUGGUCUUCUCCUUUGCAGCUCCGUCCAUGUUGAUACUACUGAAAUAAAGCGAUUGAAAUCAAGUAUAGUAUAAUGUCAUAUUGUGUGAAUGUGAACAAUACAAAUGUUGUUCUUUUGAGUGUACAUUUGUGUGUGCUUAUUUGUCACUUAAUGGACCAUUGAAGUAUUACAAUAACAUUGCCUAGAAAUGUUAAAAUUAUGUUUUUAUUUUGAAGAGUUGCUCUUGAAUUUUACCAAGGUUGAAAUUUCUUUCUAAUUUUCUAAUGGCUUUAAGCAGCUUUUUUAUGUAUUAAUCAAGUAUUUCUUACUUCAGAUUGUGACUUUAUAUAAUGUGUUAUUGCAAUAAGUUAUUGCACUUACAGUGUUGUUUUAAUUAUUAUUUUUGACCACCACUAGGACAGUGGUCACUUUGCUAAAGCCAGAGGCGUCUCCUAAACCCGUCCAUAUUUAGCACCACGAACUGCAUCACUGACAUCUGUUUAUUCAGGUGCCUCUUUUGUUUGUACAGAAGUAACUUGCUGUUUUUGUUUAUUGGAUUUGGUGUGAUUUUGAAAUAAAUGAAUCUCCAACCA